GCCGAAGAUAAAAAGGAAUGACGUCAAACUGGAUGAAAAUACGCAGUGCACAGAGAAAACUAGGAAUAGAUAAAGGGAUAUUGUGAAUAACAUUUCCGAAGUGGCAUCCGAUAAAUUAGGGUGAAUCCGCACGAACGUCGGGUUACAUUUCAACCUUGGAUAGGGCUUUGACUAAAGGCUCAUAUCGGGUGAUUUACGGACAGUUUGGAGUUUACCUCUAGCCGCUAUAACGCGAGUGCAGUCAGGUUCGUGCAUCUGGGUAAAGAAAGCGGCAACGAGACGGAGAGAGCGCUGCCGGAUCAUUGCAUAAUACGUGUGUGAUUCCUGACUCUCCCGGCAUAGCAACAUUGCCUGAACAAAUGGCAUGAGUUUGGGCCGGGGCUAUCUGUUUUGACCAACCAGUAGCAGAUGGGGCAGUGUUUGGAGCCCUUUUUUGAAAACAAUCAUUCUUUUUGUCUAAAUGGAUGGUAGACAUAUUAAUCAAAGGUCCACAUGCUGUGAAAAUAAUCUGUGAUAGUGCACCAGUGACAUUUCCUCAUAUAUUCAAAGAGACAUUUGUGAGUUGUUUUUUAAAUACACCAUGUUCAAAUGUUUGGGAUGCAAAAAAAGCAACAAAUCAGUGGAGACCAACAGUGUGCCUGAACCUGUUACAUUCAGUGUACACCCUGCUGUCAGGGAGUUCAUCCUCAAGAAAGGACAUAUUUCCUCUAUUAAAGACCAGAUGAGCUCACACUUCUGCCAAAUAAACAUGGAAAAAUCUAUAGUUUUUCUCAGUCCUGAUCCAGUGUUACUGAAACAGAAAGGAGUUACUAGAGAACACAUUGAUGGCUGGAGUAAGAAUGCCAUUGAUGCCUUCAAGAAAAUCAUCUCAAACUAUACAACAACUGAUUGGCCUGUGUCACACCCCUUGUGGUCUAAAGUGGAGAGUGAUGUUAAGGAAGUAGUAAAAGAUCAGGUUUUUACAUAUUUGGAUGCCUCUAAAGAGGUCCUGACAUUGGCAGGAAUGACCCAUGAGAUAACUGGACUAAAACCCAUAAUGGAGAAAAUUUUAGAGAGAGCAACAAAUCAAAUGGAGAGAGAGAAGAACAGUGUGACAGAGUACAUGAAGAUUUCUCCUGCAAUGUACUUGCUGCUUGAACUAGAUGGCCUGAAAAAUGCUUUAGCUGUUUCUCCAGAACUGCACACUGACUACAACAAAAAGAUGAACAGACUAGUUUUAUCAGGGCUUCAUACAGAAAUUUGCAUGUUCAAGAAUUGGGUCCUUCAGAAGCAAAUAAAUAGGAAAAAGAAGUCGAUACAGACUGAACAUUCAAUCCUGGAGUUCCUGAAAUCAGUGGACUGUGGUGAAAUGUCCAGAGAUCUCUUCAUAUCUAAUGGAAUAACUGCUGUCUACACAAUUGAAAAUGGAGAUGUUGUUGUGAUAGGGAGCACAGAAAGAGCACUUAAUGAGGCAGAGAGUAUGAUAAAUACAAAUCUCACAACCAAAGACCUCAUUGUAGAAGAUCAGGGUGUCCUUCAAAUGCCAGAGUGGCUGGAUCUCAAAAAACAUUUGCAGGAAUUGUUCAGUACAUCCAAAAAGUCAUCUGUGAUUAUACAUUUAUCUAAAGAGAUAGACAAAGUAAUGGUGACUGGAUUCAGAGAACCAGUGAUGAAGGUCAGUCAGGACUUAGGAGACUUCAUUGAGAAACACACAAGAAUUGAAGAAACCGUUCGUGUCAAAUCACAUGCUGCAGUUGAAUUAAUAAAAGACAGAAAAUCACACUGGCAGCAUUUUACAAAAUCUGAUAAGGUGAAAGUAAGUUUUGAUUCAAAGAGACUCUGGAUCAAACUGUCUGGAGAGCGUACAUUUGUCCAGCCAGCUGUGACUUUCUUUAAAACAUUGGCAGAUGGUCUCUACACGGACACACUAAUCAUUAAAAAGACAGGAGCAAAGAAGUACUUCAUGGAGCAGGGUAAAAUUAUGCUCUCAAUGUUUGCGGGGAACAAUGGAUUUGUGGCAGUACUCCAGGAAGAUACCAUGCCAGAAGAGGAGAAGGAUAAUUUUUCCCAAGGGCCUCUCGGCAGAGUCUCCAGCUCCUGUUUUAAGGUGUAUACUUUGAAAAUAGGUCAUCUGACCCUGGAGGUUUCAUCAGGGGAUAUAACCCAAGAAAAAACUGAUGCAAUUGUCAACUCCUCAAAUCAGACAUUUUCCUUAAAAUCAGGGGUAUCCAAGGCGAUUUUAGAUGGUGCUGGAUUGCAAGUAGAACAGGAAUUAUCACAAAUGGCUAGAGAUACAAAUUAUCAACUAACAGAGAUUGUGACCUCAUCUGGUGAUCUCCCAUGUAAAGAAAUCAUUCACAUUGUUGGAUCUAAUAAACCAUCUGAUAUUCAGCAAAAAGUUUUGUCUGUUCUGAAGUUAUGUGAGAAGCACAGAUUUACCUCUGUUGCCUUCCCAGCUCUAGGCACAGGUCAAGGGGGAGCUAAUUCAUCUGAUGUUGCAGAUGCAAUGAUCAAUGCAGUUGUUGAAUUUGCAAAUAUAAAUGAACAUGUUCAUGUCAGAAAUGUGGAGUUCCUUAUAUUCAACACAAGUACGUUGGCUGAUUUCCAUCAAAGCAUGCUCAAAUGUAAGCCAAAGAAGAGCAUUAUUGGCAAAAUUAAAGGUAAAAACAUUUUGUUUGAAGAAAUCGAGCCAGUUAUGUUUCAGCUAUGUGGAGAGACACUAGAGGAUUUGAGCAAGGCCAGUGCCCUGAUCAACAGCUUGAUUAACAAGGAAAAUAUGCACAUCACAAUCUGUGAUCCAGCUAUUGCUCAUUUCAGCAAAGAGGAAUUAGAAAUGCUGAGCAAAAUGGAAAAAGAGCUCAAAGUAAGUGUCAUACCUGAGAAGAAAGGACAAGACUCUGUUAUCACAUUAAAGGGCCUGACAGGAUUCGUUCAAAAUGCAGAGAGUCGUAUUCGGGAUAUUAUCCGCAAAGUGGAAAGGAAUGAAAACAGAAAAAGGCUGGCAAAUCUGACCAGCAGUAUAGUUGAGUGGCAAUAUCAGAGUGGUCACAACUUUAAAGCAUUUGAUAUUUUCACUAAUUUCGACUUGGAAGAAGCCUUCAAACUUCAAACAACUUCUGUGCUAAUCAAGAUUGACAGCGAAGUGUAUGAUGCAGACAUAGUUCGCAAAGUGGCCACAAAGGGAAGAAAACAAACUGAGCUAAAGAGAGUAGAACUGAAAGCUCAAAAUUCCUUGCCUUCACACUGGGAAGACGUGAAAGGACAGUUAGUUGUUCUUGUGAAAGUCACAGCAGGCUCAAAGGAAUAUGCAGAUGUAGAAAAGGAGUUCAAAAAAACUGGACUAUCCAGCAGUAUCAUUGAAAUUGAAAGAGUUCAGAACAGCGCACUUUGGAGAAACUACAUGAUCAAAAAGGAGGAACUGGAAGACAAAAACAAGCACAAAAACAAUGAAAAGCUUCUCUUCCAUGGAACUGGCCCUGAUACGACAGAUCAGAUCAACAAUCAUGGCUUCAAUCGCAGCUUUGCUGGCAUGCAUGGAGCUUUAUAUGGGAAUGGUACAUAUUUUGCUGUGGACCCGAGUUACUCAUCCAAAGGCUACUCUAAACCUGAUAACAAAGGACAUAAACGCAUGUACCUCGCCAGGGUGCUCGUUGGUGACUUUACUCAAGGAACAAAAGGCCUUCCUACUCCUCCAAAAAAGAGUUCACAAGGUGUUCAUCUUUAUGACAGUGUGACUGAUAACAUGAACAACCCAACCAUGUUUGUGAUCUUCAAUGAUGUACAGGCUUACCCAGAAUACUUAAUCACAUUCCGGGAUAAAUGAAAUUUUACAGUUCAAUUCAAUCAGUUUUGAGUUGAAUUCCUGUGCAUUAUUGCCGUGCAGUUACAAUCUAUUUUUAUUUAACUUUCUGUGAUGGGCAGAAGGGCAGCUUUUCAGUGAAACUAUGUACUGUAAUUGAUCAAAGGAGAAGUUCACUUCCAGAGCAAAAAUGUACAGAUAAUUUACUCACCCCCUUGUCAUCCAAGAUGUUCAUGUCUUUCUUUCUUCAGUCGAUAAGAAAUUAUGUUUUU